AUGGGAUUCUCACCUGAAAUCAGUGCACUCUAUGCCAAAGCCAUUGAGAAUCCGGCUGGACUCAGUGCUGCCGAACGGAACCGCGUCCUUGAGCGGCCACCGCCAGAAGAAGAAGAUGAGACUUGCCUAUCCCAAUUCGGCAUUAACCGGCAAGCUUUGAUUUCCAAGGCGCUCACGGAGCCCGACACUCUUUCUCAGACCGAGUGUGACAUCGUGUUGACGGGCACCCACUACCACAGUUCGAAUCCAUCUGCUCUCAGUCUCAAAUUACACGUCUUGCUCUCUCUGUCUGAAGAGGAACGCCAGCUGCAGUCCGACGCUUACGGCGAGGUCCGCCGCGUAACGGAUUGGUACAGCACCGAAGCACCGGCGGUUCACAAUGCCUUUGAACGCUCGAGGGCCAUCAGUGAGCAAGAUCGAGCCGAAAGGAAGCGAAAGAGACAAGAGCGUAUCGAUCUCAUUCAGACUGCCAGGGGCUUGCCGCGGCCGAAAUGGAUCCAGGAUCUCUUGGACGCGCGGCUUCCACGAUGGGGAUAUGUAUGUUUCCGUACAGGGUACGCAACAAAGGAAAACGAAGACAGCGAGGCCGCGCCCGUCGCGGACGAGGCAGCUUGGGACCACUUUCGGUGGGCGUUUGACGAUAUCGCCGAAAUCAUGUUUUUCUGGAAUUGGAAGCUCGACGGCCAACGGCUUUACGAUAUUCGAGAGAACAUAUUCAUCUCAGACCCUGAUCUGCAGGGCGCGUCGGCCGAGCAUCUCCGCGCUCGUUUCCGCGCAAUGAGGGACAGAGGUGAGAUCCCGGAAGGGCUUCACCGGGACUGCUUCUUGGUCGCUGACACCGGGGCUCUGACGUGCUAUUUCAUGGCUGAAAAAAAGGAGUAUCGAGGCGGAAAAUGGGGGGUACCCUAUGUUAAGGCCUUCGACCCCGACUAUGACGAAGCUACUGGGCCGCUGGAGGGUGGCUUCGCGGGCGAAAUUAACCUCCCCUUGCCCGCAGCGUUCGACUGGCUGCAUUACACCCUUUUCACGAACUGCGAGACUUGGGAGGAGAGACAUCGACAGACAAGUCAGGAGGAGUGGCAGCCCAUCAGAACGCCAUAUGCUCCAUACCCCGCAUACACAGGCAUAUGGAAGGGUCAAAGAUGGUAG